CAUGCAUGUUGCUUAGGUAUUUGUUAGAGCCUAAACCUGACACAGAGAAGGUGGUAAUGAAGCUCAAGAAACUGGAGUCUAGUGUGAGCACUGGCCGCAAAUCUGGGAGGUGUCAGUGGCAUUGCCCAAGACUCCUCGGGACGACCGGGAUUGUUUCUGUCGGAGGAGACACUGCAGCCGGGGCUCUGGGACAGAGGAGGCGUCAGCCCGAGUGAGUGUGGGGGUCCCGGGACGCCUGCCUUACCUGCCUUACCUGCGUGAAGAGCUACGAUGGCCGUGAACAAGAGCCCCACCCUGAUGGACGGAGACUGCCCCGAGCAGGAGAACGUGCUGCAGCGCGUCCUGCAGCUGCCGGUGGUGAGCGGCACCUGCGAGUGCGUCCAGAAGACCUACACCAGCACCAAGGAGGCCCACCCGCUGGUGGCCUCCGUGUGCAACGCCUACGAGAAGGGCGUGCAGGGCGCCAGCAGCCUGGCCGCCUGGAGCAUGGAGCCCGUGGUCCGCAGGCUGUCCACCCAGUUCACAGCUGCUAAUGAGCUGGCCUGCCGAGGCCUGGACACCCUGGAGGAGAAGAUCCCGGCCCUCCAGUACCCCCCUGAGAAGAUCGCCUCCGAGCUGAAGGGCACCAUCUCCACCCGCCUCCGCAGCGCCCGGAAUAGCAUCAGUGUGCCCAUCGCCAGCACGUCGGACAAGGUCCUGGGGGCCGCCCUGGCCAGCUGCGAGCUCGCCUUGGGGGUGGCCAAAGACACUGCGGAGUACGCCGCCAAAACCCGAGUCGGCCGGCUGGCCUCCGGGGGCGCCGAGCUGGCCGUGGGUGGUAUGGAGAAGGUGGUGGAGUUCCUCAUCCCUCCAGCCAAGGACGAGUCAGCCCCCGUUCCGGGACGCCAGCAGGCCCAGAAGCCUCCCAAGACCAAUCGCAGCCUCAUGAGCCGGGUGGGGAACCUGGCCAACACCGUCUCUCAGCACACCUUCCAGACCACAAAGCAGGUGCUGAAGCAGGGCCACGCCCUGGCCAUGUGGAUCCCCGGGGUGGCGCCCCUGAGCAGCCUGGCCCAGUGGGGAGCGUCAGCGGCCUCGCAGGUGGUGAUCCGGCGGCCGAGCGAGGUGCGGGUGCCCUGGCUGCACAACCUGGCCGCCGCCGCCGCCGCCGCCCGCGAGGCGAACCACGAUGAGCAGACAGACAGCGAGGGGGACGAGGCCAAGGAGAAAGAGAAGGAGGACUCGGACUCAGAGACGGAGGAGCAGCUCAGCGAGGCAGCAGACCUGGCGCGCCCACAGGGCCUCCUGGGCAGCGCGGUGCACACCCUGCAGAAGGCUGUCCAGGGCACCAUCUCGGUCAUGCUGUGGGCGCCCGCCGCUGUGCUGGGCACGGCAGGGAGGAUGCUGCACCUCACGUCGGCCCCCGCGGCCACCUCGACCAAGAGCAGGGCCAUGUCGCUGUCAGACGCCCUGAAGGGGGUCACGGACAACGUGGUGGACACGGUGGUGCACUAUGUGCCGCUCCCCAGGUUGUCCCUGAUGGAACCCGAGAGCGAAUUCCGGGAAAUCGAGGAGUUGAAGCGCAGGGCAUCGGCGGCGCCCACCUGCCCGGAGCCCGCACAGCGCCCGGCGCAGCACCGGGGCAGCCUGCGCAGCGCCAGGGGGCCGGGCCUGGAGGACAGAGGGGACCUGCCCACGGCGCUGAGCAACACGUUCCCCGCCGUGCCCCGCGAGAAGGCGCGCAGGGUCAGCGACAGCUUCUUCCGGCCCAGCCACAUGGAGCCCAUCCUGGGCCGCGCGCAGUACAACCAGCUGCGCAAGAAGAGCUGAGCGCCACCCGCCGCACCGGGAGCCCGCGGCGCCAGCGCGUAAGAACCUCCGCGUCCGAGAGCGUGGACUUCUUCAAAGCAGCCCUGGCACCCGGAGCCCCGCACCCCAUCUUUUGAGCAUCCUUUUGGGGCUUAGUCUGCAAUUUUUAAGAAAAAUCAGAGCAGCUACCUGCUUUGAUUCUCUUUUGUUUUGUUAAUCCUCAUCUGAGGAUAUUUUUCCAUUGAUUUUUAGGGAGAGAAGAGAGAGGGAAAGACAGAAACAUCUGGGAGAGAGAAACACAUGGGUUGGUCCCCUCCUGCACGCAGGGCGGGGGGCCAGGGAGGAGCCUGCAACCAAAGCACGUGCCCUUGACGGGAAUGGAACCUGGGACCCUUCGGUCCGCAGGCCGGGGCUCUAUCCACUGAGCCACACCGGCCAGGGCCUGUCUUGUUUUUUUACUAAAAGGUGAAUUGCCUCACUUGAUGUCUCACUCUUUAAGCCAACUUGCAGCCAAAGGACGUUAGAUUGUUUCUAAGAUUAGAUGCCUCCGCUGGAGACAAGUAUUUGCCACCAGUGAGUUACAGGCCGCUACCCUGCAGCUCCAACCGGCAGAAGGCCCGGGCACGGUUUAAGCCCAGAGAUUCCUGCCCGUGAGCUUCCCGGGAGGCUGCUGUGAAGGAGUGAUCAGGUGUGAAAGCUCUCGUGUGUGUCUAUGAAAUAUCAGCGUCAUAUUGCGCACCUAGUACACUGCGUCUCGCAGACUGUGUCCUGCCGCGCUCGUACUGCCACCUUCUGGCUCAAAACACACCCCUUUGCAGCCUUCCCGCCUGGCCUGCACAUGCGCAUUCAUUCAUUCAUUCAUUCAUUCAUUCAUCCUGCUGGUCCCGUUUGGGCUGCUGGCGCCCUGGUGUGCGGGGACCACAGCGGGUAGAAAGUUUGCACUAUUAGAGCGUUCCAAGUUCACGUUUUGAAAAUGUUAAUAUCUGGUACAUCUAAGAAGUGAGCACGUAUAAUUUAAAAUUCAAACACUGCAAGAGGGUGCGGGUCUCCCCAACUUGAGGUCCCGGGUUCCCUCUCACAAAGACAGCCUCGGUGCCAGCCUCCUGUAUCCGUCCAGCUGCCGGCUGCGCUAGUGCGGGCACGUGUGUGCAUACUUCCCACGCUUCCACAGCCGUGAGAUGCUGUACUUGCCUCUUCUCACCUCACGGUUCACCUUAGACAUCGUAAGUUCCCCCGGCUCCUUUCAGUGGCCACAUAGUAAGUGCCUCAUAGCGUCAUUGAUGUAACUGGUUCCCUGACGAAGGGCUUUGAGGUUGUUGCCAUUUUUUUGCUACUGCAGACAGUACCGCAAUAAAUGUCCUUAUACAGCA